AUGUUCAUUUUACUAAUACCACCACUAUCAAAAUAUCUAAAUUAUAGAGCAAUUUUAUUUUUAGAGCGUUUAGUGCCAGUUCCUGCUGAAUCUUCACCUCAUUUAAAUUCACAACAUCAUGUCCAAAGACAACAUAACUCCUCCUCAUCCUCUUCAAAUUCAACAACUCCCCAACAGAGAACUCCACCUUCACAUCCUUAUUGCCCAGUACAACCUUCUUUUUCGUCUCCUUCAUCAACAUCUAUUCUCCAACAACAAAAUGAACAUCAACAGCAUUCUAAUAAAAAUAAAAACAACGAUGGUUCAUAUUUAAUGCAUUCAGCGCCAAUUCCACAACAACAACAUUCUACUAUUAAUGCGCAGAAUCAAACUUUGGCAAGUGCUGGUGCUGCUGAAAAUAGCCCCCUUCUAGUCAAUUUAUUGAACAAUAAUGCUUCUUCCCCUGCUAUUCAACAAACACAGAAGCCACAACAAAUUCUACAGCAAAAUGUUACACCUUUACCUCAACAGCAGCAAAUGAUGAUGAUUAAGCAACAGCAACAAAUGGCAGCUCUACAGCAACAACACCCUAAUGCUAUGGGUCAAGCACAUCAAGUGAAUUCACAUCAAUAUGGUGUUCCAAUGAAUCCGCAACAACAGCAGCAAAUGUAUCAGCAACAACAGCAAAGGUUGGCUCAACAACAAUCAAUGAUGUAUAGUGUUGGUCCAUCUGGUGUGAUAAAUAACACUCCACAACAACAUUACAUGAUUGUUGGUUCUCCACCAACAGGCUCUUCACCAUCACAAUAUCAUCGUCAAGCUACGCAUUACGGUGCUAAUGGUCAACCAGCACCAGGUGGAAUUGUUGCUUCACCGCCUGGCGCCCCGUCUCCUUAUUUUGGAAUGCCUACAAAUUAUGUGCCUCAACAAAUGAUUAUUCCAACUACUGGUGCCGAUAAACAAGGGUCAUCUGGUCAGAUGUUUUCUAUCGGUCCUCCGAUUAACAACACUCAAUUAGCUGUGGAAGAAUUACCGAAGAAAAGAAAGCGAAUCUCUAAAAAGCAACAACAGAAGGUUGUAAAUAUUUUGUGUUUAAAUAUUAUUUAA